AUGGCGACUGCACUAUUCUGCCUACUUUUACUGGUAGCUGCUGGUAUUUAUGGCUUGGGCCGAGUUAUAUACAAUGUCUUCUUCCACCCACUGCGAAAUUUCCCUGGGCCAUGGAUGGCCGGGGCUACGUCGAGUUGGAAAGCAUAUAACGAAGUUAUAAAACAGCAAUCGGCGGUUCAUCAGCUCUUUGGUCUCCAUGAAAAAUAUGGUAAUAUUGUCCGUGUUGCUCCGAACGAGCUCCAUUUCGGAAGCCCCGGUGCGUUCCACGAUAUCUACCAUAGCAGCAGAAGGUGGGACAAAGAUACGGGACUUUACCGAACCCCCGGGGUUUCAUCCGGAUCCUUCACCUUCUUGAAGUAUGCCCAAGCAAAGGAACGACGGGAGGUGAUUCUUCCCAUUUUCUCCAAGAAAGCCAUCAAUAGUCUUGAGCAUCUCGUCUGGCGAAAUGCAAAUCGUCUCGCAUCCUCCAUUGCCAAGGUCAAUGCAUCCAAAAGGUCUGUUGAUCUGCUCUAUGCCUUCAGAUCCUACACCCUCGACACUAUAAUGUGCUUCACAUUCGGCAGUUGCAUAAACGCCCUCGACGCGCCGGCGUUCAGCGAUCCUCUUAUCUUAGCCAUGGAUGCCAGCCUUCGUAUGCUACCCUUAAUGAAGAAUUUUCCCAUGAUCCGAGAUCUUAUCUUUGCCCUACCACCGGCCUUGGUCAUGCGCCUCAUUCCAAACGCUCAGAAACUAGCCCCACGCCUGUAUCAGGUUCGGGAUCUCGUCCAGCAACAGCUUCAAGUCGUACUAAGCUGCCCUUCAAAGCUCGAUAGUGUGCCCCAUGAGACCCUCUUCCACCGUAUGCUUGACCCAGAGUCAUACCGGAGCAAGGAAGUCCUCAAUAUGACAGAGCUACACGAUGAAGGCUUCACACUCAUCUUCGCAGGUUCCAACACAGUAGCUGAUACGCUGCUCAUGGGCCACUGGCACACAAUGCAGAAUCAGACCUUGCUAGCCCAACUACGAAGCGAGAUCUGGACUGUCUGGCCCGAUGUUGAAAAAAGGCCAUCACUGACAGAUCUCGAGACCCUACCACUACUCACAGCAACAAUCAAAGAGUCUCUCCGCUUUAUUCCGUCCGGGGUAUCGCUAACGCGCGUCGUACCCACAGGAGGCGCCGUGAUAGCCGGACAGCAGAUCCCGGGUGGGACGGUGGUCGGGAUGGCUAUCUUACAUGUACAUCAGAGUGUGGAAGUUUGGGGCAAUGACGCGCUUGUUUUCCGACCGGAACGGUGGCUAGAGAGCACGGGGCAAGCAAGUGCCCCCAAUGGGAAGAAUGAAUUGGAUCACUGGCUCGUUCCGUUUAGUCGUGGGCCGCGUAUGUGCUUCGGUAUGAACUUGGCCUGGGCGGAGAUGUAUAUUGCUUUUGCGACUAUGAUCAGGGGCUUUGAUUUGACUAUUGAUGGUACUACGGAGGAAGAUAUGGAAUGGCGGGAGUGCAUUGCGGCUUACUACCCUAAAAGACACUUGCAUGCGUGGUGUCGCCCGGUUGGGUCUGGGAAUACGAAGUGA